AGGCAAAAAGAGGAAACAGAGCGGGAAUGACGCAAAUUUCAGCAUUCAUCAACAAAGAGAAGCGCAUCGUCUCCUCCAUUAAGCUCUCCAUCUCUUCUUCCACAAGCAUAUGCAUCUCAUUUCAUCGACAUUUCACGCCCGACACCUCCCAAGGAACAUUUCAAAGCAGCAAUCAAAACCCAAAGCCAAUACUACAACAAGAACAACAUAGACAAAGCAUAGUUUCCCUCAUAAAAUCCACCACCCAUGAACCCCAUUUACUUCAAAUCCAAGCUCACAUUACACGUUAUUCCCUUCUCCAAAACUCCAGAAUUUCCCUCCUGUUUCUAUCCUCCCUUUGUUCUUCUGCUCCCCGUGAUAUUCGCUAUUCCCGCCUUUUCUUCUCUCAAAUAGAAAACCCAGCCGCCUCUCACUACAACACUCUCAUCAGAGCUUACUCUUCCAGCAAUUCACCUAAAGAAGCCUUUUCUCUCUACAAAGAAAUGAGACAAAAGGGUCUAAAGCCUGACCCCAUAUCGUUUUCUUUCGUCAUUAAAUCUUGUAUCAAGUUUCGUUUGGUUUUUUGUGGUUUACAGGUUCAUGGAAGGAUCUUAAGAGAUGGGUUUCGAUCGGAUUGUCUUUUACUUACUACUUUGUUGAAUUUUUAUUCGAGCUUUGCGAGCCGGGAAGAGGCUUGUAAAGUGUUCGAUGAAAUGCCUCAGAAAGACACCGUGGCGUGGAAUGUAUUGAUUUCUUGUUAUCUACGUAAUGGAAGGACUAGGGAUGUGUUAAUGUUGUUUGAUAGCAUGAAAAAUGAGAGUUUUUGCAUACCUGAUGAUGUUACUUGUCUCUUUGUAACACAAGCUUGUGCUAAUCUGGGGGCGCUAGAGUUUGGCGAAAAGGUUCAUCGUUAUAUUGAAGAACGUGGUUACGGGAGUGCUCGUAAUCUGUGCAAUUCGCUUAUAGCAAUGUAUUCUCGGUGUGGAUGUUUGGAUAAGGCUUAUGAUGUUUUUAAGGGAAUCAGAGAGAAGGACGUUAUUUCAUGGAGUGCUAUGAUAUCCGGGUUGGCUAUGAAUGGAUAUGGCAGAGAUGCAAUUCUAGCUUUUGAAGAGAUGCAGAGAAUGAGUAUAUCCCCCGAUGAACAAACGUUUACGGGAGUUCUUUCCGCUUGUAGCCAUUGUGGUUUAGUUGAUGAAGGGAUGGAGUUUCUUAAUAGUAUGAGCAUAGAGUUUGGAAUAAAGCCUAAUAUUCAUCAUUAUGGGUGUGUGGUCGAUCUUUUAGGCCGUGCCGGUUUACUCGAUCAAGCUUAUCACGUCAUAAUAUCAAUGAAAGUUAAGCCAGAUGCAACCAUUUGGAGGACCUUGCUUGGAGCUUGUAGAAUCCAUGGUCAUUUCACACUUGGAGAACGAGUAAUCGAACAUCUGGUUGAACUUAAGGCUCAAGAAGCAGGCGAUUAUGUUUUGCUAUUGAAUAUUUAUUCAUCAGCUGGUAAUUGGGAGAAGGCGAUGGAACUGAGGAAGUUUCUUAAGGACAAAGGCAUACAAACAACACCUGGCUGUAGUUCAAUCGAGAUUAAAGGAGUGGUACAUGAUUUUGUCGUGGACGACAUUUUGCAUCCACGGAAGCACGAGAUCUACGAUAAGCUAGAUGAGAUUAAUAAGCAGCUGAAGAUUGCUGGUUAUGUUGCUGAAAUGACAUCAGAAUUACAUGACUUGGGUGCAGACGAAAAGGCAAAUGCACUCUCUUAUCACAGUGAGAAGCUGGCUCUUGCUUUCGGGGUUCUAGCGACUCCACCUGGUGUAACAUUGAGAGUUACCAAGAAUCUUCGUAUUUGCAUUGAUUGUCACAAUUUCGCAAAGUUUCUUUCUGGGGUCUAUAACAGGAAGGUAAUAAUCCGAGAUCGAACCAGGUUUCAUCAUUUCAGAGAUGGACAUUGCUCUUGUAAUGACUAUUGGUAGGGAAGCUUCAGGGUUGUACAAAACAAUCUGCACAGUGUUAACCUUCAUCAACCCUCCGAAUUUAUGUUGCAAGUACGACGGGAGAGGUGGCGGUUUACGGUGCUAAACACAGCGGAUGUGC